CAUCUACCUUCUAAACUGUUGUGUAACUUUCUAACACUCACAUGUUGUCGUCGAAUAAAGCACUGAAAGAGCAGAAGAUGAGAGACCCACAAUGAGACCGAGCAGGUGGCUGCUACACUGAUAAAGAACGUGGGAAAAUGGGCAAUAUGGCAACAGAGAUCGUUGCCUUCCUUCUCACCAUAUCCGGAUGGAUUCUGAUCUCCUCCACGCUCCCGACUGACUACUGGAAAGUGUCCUCAGUGGACGGGACAGUCAUCACCACGGCAACCUUUUGGUCCAAUCUCUGGAAGACGUGCGUUACGGAUUCAACCGGAGUCUCCAACUGCAAGGACUUUCCUUCUAUGCUUGCACUGGAUGCUUAUAUCCAGGUGUGUCGUGGACUGAUGAUCUCAGCUGUGUGUUUGGGAUUUUUUGGAGCUAUCCUGGCACUAGUGGGCAUGAAGUGCACUAAAAUAGGGGGAUCAGAGACCACCAAAGCCAGGAUCACCUGUCUGUGUGGACUACACUUCAUUCUCAGUGGAAUCUGCUCUAUGACCGCCUGCUCUCUCUACGCACACCGGAUAACAUCAGAGUUCUUUGACCCCUUAUUUGUGAAACAGAAAUUUGAGCUUGGUGCGGCCCUGUUCAUUGGCUGGGCAGGAUCUGUUCUCAGCAUUCUUGGAGGAUUUAUCUUUUGCUUUUCCAUGACAGAGGGAUUCAGCAUCAGGGAGUACUCCUACAACGGCGCCACAUCCUUCAUAUCAACACGAACCAAGAUCACAAAGAUGGGCAGAAAGCCCGAGACUCCUCAGAAAGACCCUCCAGACCAGAGCUUCUCUGGCAGGCAGUUUGGGAGGAAUGCAUAUGUUUGACUGUAAAUAAUAACAAGUGAAGGCCAACAAGCAUACACUGUAUAAAGCCAACUAUCAAACAAAUCCUUGAAUGGAGAACAUGAGAUCACGUUGCUUAAGGCUGCUUUCAUCAUUUGAGGCAUUGAGAAGACUGCACAGAGGAAAACACAUAUUGCCUAAGAGACCUCAAGCAAGCUUUCCAGGUCUGCCAAUGUGAUAGAAUUGCCAGAUUUCUUCACUUGGGACUUUGAAUGAAGUCAGGUGAACCGAUGACAGAGAAGACAGGGAGAACAGCUGCGCUCCACUGACCACAGGAACAAGCUGUCUCGAUUCGGAAAUUGAGUCGGAGCUCACAUAUUGCUCUGGUCCUGGAGUCUCUCUUCACCUCCUGAUCAGUGGAAACUCUAGACUCUGACCCCGGUUUUUAGCGCUUC